AUGGCAGCUUAUGCAGCUCUAGUCUCUCUAAUGAAUCUCAUGGAUCAGGUCCAGAAUCAUCCUCUUCACUCCUUUUCUUUUGAUGAAAAACUGAUCCAAUCUCUUCUCCAAAAUGUCAGUUUCCUCUUGGAUUUCAUCGAGAAUUAUACUUCUCAUGGAGGUAGCAACAAAGCAGAAGAUCUGGAGAGCCAAAUUAUAGGUGCAGCUCAUGCGGCUGAAGAUUUAAUUGAAUCUCAACUAGUCGAUCAGAUUCUUGCUGGAUCCACUGUUAAUCAAGACCGAAAAAGUUUCAAGUUCUUGCUCGAUCUGCAGACAAGCAUUAAGAAGAAGAUUAUGAAAGCAAUCAACACAAAACCCUUUGAUAAAAGCCUCAAGAAAAUUAUUCAAAAAAUGGAUUCCAUCAAAAAAAAGGUGGUUAAAGUUGAAGACGGAAGCAGAUUUAAAGAUGAGCAGCCGAAAUAUUCCGUUCCUGCUGAUUCAUCAAGGCCUCUUAUCACCAGAAAAACUACCAUGAUGGGAUUUGAUGAGUACUUGAUUCAACUCAUGGAUGUGCUUACCGGACAGCAAUGCAGCCGCCAAAUCAUCUCCGUUGUAGGUAUGGGCGGCAUAGGUAAGACUACUUUAGCCACGAAUGUUUAUGAACAUCCUCUCAUUACUGAGCAUUUUGACUUUCGUGCUUGGGCUACCAUUUCUCAACAAUAUGAUGUCGUACAAAUUCUAAAACAAAUUCUCUCUUCCAAAGAGGAAAGCAGUAGUACAACAACUGUUGAUCAAUUAGGUGAUAAACUGUACAAGAAGUUGUUGUGCAAUAGAUAUUUGAUUGUUCUAGACGAUAUGUGGAGUAGUCAAGUCUGGGAUGAGAUUAAAAUUUUCUUCCCGGAUAAUGGGAGUAGGAGUCGUGUUGUUAUAACGACUAGGCUAUCAAACUUGGGUUGUGGUUUCCCUUUUGUGAUUGAUUUGUUAGAUGAGGAUAGAAGUUGGAAGCUAUUCUGUCAAAAUGCAUUUGGAGAUGAUGUUGAUUGUCCUUUUGAGCUGGAGAAAUUUGGAAAGAAGAUUGCUCGACAAUGUAGAGGACUUCCGCUAUCAAUUGUUGUGAUUGGAGGCCAUCUUAGGAAAUCAUCUAGGACGGAGGAUUAUUGGGAGUUCGUUGCUGAUAAUAUGAACUCGAUCUUGACUUGUGCAGAGGAUGAACAAUGCUUGAAUAUAUUAUAUUUGAGUUAUUCACACUUGCCUGUUUAUCUGAAGCCAUGUUUUCUGUAUAUGGGGAUGUUUCCGGAAGACGAAGUUAUAGAUGCUUCAACACUUGUUAAACUUUGGGUUGCGGAGGGAUUCCUUAAACCAAAUAAGGAACAAAGCUUGGAAGAAAUUGCGGAGGCUCACUUGAAGGACUUGGUGGAAAGGAAUCUGGUUUCAGUUCAUAGAUGGAGCAGAAAUGGAAACAUAAAAUCUUGCAACAUUCAUGAUCUGUUAAGAGAGCUCUGCAUAAGAGAUGCAAAUCUCGUCCGUGCUGUGAUGUGCAAACCCGGACUGCUUCCCUUUCACUUCAAAUUGUUGAAAAUACUUAAAAUGGGGCGUGAAGAAGUUGUUAGGUUGGAUGUUGAUUGUCUGAAAGCCAAGUUUGAGCAAGUUAACUUGCGGUACCUCUCACGUGAAUUAGAUUGGAUUAUGGAUAUAAAUGACUUCAUGCCUCGUGAUCUUUGGCUACCCCUGUCUCUGCCUUCCUCAAUAUCGAAGCUCUGGAAUUUGCAAACACUGAAUAUAAAUGGAUACCAGAUCAAGAUCAUUGCACCCUCUGAAAUUUGGGAGAUGCCGCAACUUAGGCAUAUUGAGUUGGAGCUGGUUUGUCUUCCCGAUCCUCCUAUGAGUCGCAGCCGAGAUGAUGCAGUUGUUUUAUCAAACCUGCAAACACUUUCCAAAGUGGAGAAUUUCAAGACAAGUGAAGAGGUUUGUAAGAGGAUGCCUAAUAUAAGGAAGUUGGUGAUACGUUAUAAUAGAGAGGCGAUUAGCUCAGAGUGUUUUCAGCACAACAUUGGCUACUUCAAUAAAUUGGAUUCACUUGAUUGCCUUUUCAAGUGGAGGCAAGAUUGGCGUGAUUUUGCGUUAAGCCUCAGCUACCCGAGCUCACUCAGGAAGUUGUCCUUGAGGAACUCUGGCCUACUUUGGGGAGAUUUGACAACCAUUGGUUCGUUGCCGAAUCUUCAAGUCCUCAAACUGAAUGAUGGUUAUAUGGUAGGAGAACCUAAGUGGACUCCGGAUGAAGGGAUGUUUGUCCGACUGAAAUACCUGAAGAUCAAAUACUAUGAAUUGGUAGAGUGGAAUGCACAGAGCUCUCAUUUUCCAGUUUUGGAAAGUCUUGUUUUGGUAGGCUUAUCCAAAUUGUCUGAGAUCCCUUCAGGCAUUGGAGAAAUACCAACACUUAGAUAUAUAUAUCUGAAACAUUGUAGCAUGUCGGCCGCCAUUUCAGCAGUGAGAAUAGCAGAGGAGCAAGAGGAGUAUGGGAAUGAAGAGCUUCGAGUUGAAGUUGAGUUUGGGGACCAGAAGGAGAACGAGAUGUUCAGGGAAAUGAUGAAAGAAGAGGGAUUCACCACCAGUAAUCUUCUUCUUAGAAGCUAAAUUACUCAUUAUUUCUUAGUUUUAC